CGCCGGAGCAGGUGUCGACGGGACCAGCGGCGUUCGAAGAAGAAAACACCUCUCAGAUCUCUCUUUGGCGAUCAACGCCGGAGAAACGUUCUAAAGGCUAUGGAAAACGCUGCGAAUGAAACCCCAUCGCCGGAAGACACCUUCUUCUCCGACAAGUCGGAGAAGGUAUUCGUAGCUGGACACCUCGGUCUGGUUGGCUCCGCUAUCCUCCGCCGUCUGGUUUCUCUUGGGUUCACAAACCUCCUCCUCCGCUCGCGCACGGAGCUUGAUCUCACUCGUCAGUCUGAAGUCGAGUCCUUCUUCUCCGCCGAGCGUCCUCGUUACGCCAUUCUCUGCGCCGCCAUGGUAGGCGGCAUCCACGCGAACUCCACUUUCCCCGCGGAUUUCAUCACCGUUAACCUCCAGAUCCAGACCAAUGUCAUCCACGCAGCUUACCGUUGCGGAUCUGUGCGCAAGCUCCUCUUCCUCGGUUCAUCGUGCAUCUACCCUAAGCUCGCCCCGCAGCCCAUACCUGAAUCUGCACUUCUAUCAGGUCCACUUGAACCUACCAAUGAGUGGUACGCUAUUGCGAAGAUCGCCGGCAUCAAAAUGUGUCAGGCUUAUCGAAUCCAAUACUCAUGGGAUGCUAUCUCUGCAAUGCCCACUAAUCUGUAUGGACCUAAUGAUAACUUUCAUCCUGAGAACUCUCAUGUUUUACCAGCUUUAAUCCGUCGAUUCCAUGAGGCUAAGUCCAGUGGGGCGAAAGAGGUGGUGGUAUGGGGAACCGGUUCGCCAUUAAGGGAGUUUCUGCAUGUAGAUGAUCUUGCUGAUGCAGUGGUUUUCUUAAUGGAUCGAUAUUCCGGGCUUAGUCAUGUCAAUGUGGGGAGUGGGAGAGAGGUGAGCAUAAAGGAGCUGGCUGAGUUGGUGAAAGUGGUGGUUGGAUUUGAGGGAGAGUUGGUGUGGGAUUCCACAAAACCUGAUGGAACACCAAGGAAGCUGAUGGAUAAUUCUAUGUUGGCAGCCAUGGGAUGGGAGCCAAAGAUUGAAUUGAAGGAGGGGCUUAUAGAGACUUACAGGUGGUACCUGGAGAAUGUUGGGAAGCAGAAAUGAUACAGAAAUAUUAAGUUUCAUAUUCAUCAUUGCAUCAUUAUCAAAUUGAGUUUUUUAUCUGCAUUUCAAUUCUAUUGUUUGUGUAAUUCAUUGAGGUUCUUUUGUCAAUUAAUUAUGUUGUUUUUCACUGUCUGUAGGAUCUAAGAGUUGUGCAAGUGAUUGAAUAAUCUAUUUGCAGGCAGAAGCUUCUUAAUUUUCUUAAACUUUUUAUGGAGAUGAGCACUUGCUUAUUCCUCUAUUUUGAUUCGUAUGUCAGAAUAUUAACCCAAUACUAAUUAGAUUGUUUAGGUGUGCUGCACAUGUUUUUUAUUGCAUAAGAUUUUCUUGGGGAAUGGGUGAUGAUUUUUUUAGGGACUGUUUGGUAAUGAAUUUAAGCAGGAUUUAACUUAAAUCUAGCCGGACUGAAACAAUGGCAAUUUUAAAUCUUGGAUUUAGUAAAUCCAAUUUAUUUGCCUUAAUUCCCAGUUUUACUAAAACUUUAUGUUGGUAGGAUUUAGAAAAUCCAAAUAUGUAGGAUUUAUUAAAGUUGCUAAAGCCAUUACCAUACAACCCCUUAUGCAGUGUUUGGCUGCAACUUGGUUUUACAUUGAAUAGGAUUUAUCAACUCUAGUGAAUUUGGAUUUAUUAAACUCUUUACAGGUGGAGAUCGACCUCGUAAGCUGCAACGAGCGACGACUGAACAAAUCCUGUAAAUCCGCCCAUAAAUGGAUUUAAUAAAUCCAGAUUUACGUCGUAAAGCAAACGGAAGACAAGGAACAGAGACGGAACGUGAGAAAUUGAUUUAUUGGAGCGUUGGAUUUAUUUAUUUAUUUAUUUAUUUAUGUUUGGCUGGUUUUAAGUUAAAUUCAUGGCUAAAUUCUCUAAACAGAAUGCUACGAAACACCCCCUUAGUUUGAUAUG